GAAAAAAGAAAAAAGGAAAAAAAAAAACAAAUGAAAAGUUGCAGCCGUCGUGUGUUCCCUGGAGCCUUGUUCAGGUUCAAACCAAACCAAGACCCACGAGUCCGCCACCGCCACGACCACCACCCCCUAUUGCCCAUCACCAUGGCCUCCCUCUCCCUCUUCCUCUCCAACCCUCAUCGUCCUCUCCGCCCAACCCCUCUCCGCCCACUGCAUUUCUCCUCUAAAGCCUCUGCUUCGGCCAAACCACCGCCUCCACCACCCGAGAAAAAGUCCUUUGCGGUGGCCACUGGGGAGCUCUUCCUCGGCAUCGCCGCCAGGCUCAUCAUAAGGCGUGGGGACAACAAUUUAGUUGGCCAAGGGGGCGAAUUUAUCAAUGGAGGGCUGGAACCGGGAGUCACGAGUACGUCGGAGAGCUGGUGGAGACGGUGGAGGAAAGAGAAAGCUUCCUCUGUUGUAAUUGAGGACCCCAUUCAGCCUGAUGUGACGUGGGAGCAGAGGGAGGAAGACGUGGAGGCGGAGCGCCGCAGGAAGGAGCAGAGGGCGGUGAGCAGCCCUGGGUUUAGUUUCUCUGCGGCGGGACUUUUGUUUCCCUAUCAUCUCGGGGUGGCUCAAUUCCUCAUCGAGAACGGAUACAUUAAGGAUACGACACCAUUAGCUGGCUCAUCUGCUGGUGCAAUUGUAUGUGCAGUGAUUGCAUCUGGGGCGAGUAUGCAAGAGGCUUUAGAAGUUACCAAAAUAUUAGCCCAAGACUGUAGGCUCAACGGUACUGCAUUUCGCUUAGGGGCUGUUCUUAGAGAUGUUCUUCAGAACUUUCUACCAGAUGAUGUUCAUAUUAGAUCAAGUGGAAGAGUUCGUGUUGCUGUGACACAGAUACUAUGGAGGCCCAGGGGUUUAUUGGUUGACCAGUUUGAUUCUAAAGAGGACCUAAUCAAUGCUGUCUUUACUUCUUCUUUUGUCCCAGGAUAUCUUGCUCCAAGGCCAGCGACAAGGUUCAGAAAUCGGCUUUGCAUUGAUGGUGGUUUAACAUUGUUUAUGCCACCAACAUCUGCAUAUCAGACGGUUCGUGUUUGUGCUUUCCCAGCCAGUCGAUUGGGGUUGGCAGGAAUUGGUAUUAGUCCAGACUGCAAUCCUGAAAAUAGGGCGAGUCCCAGGGAGCUUUUCAAUUGGGCACUUGAGCCAGCAGAAGAUCACAUUCUGGAUAAGCUCUUUGAGUUGGGAUACUUAGAUGCAGCUGUUUGGGCUAAGGAGAACCCAGUUGAGAAAUUAGUCGAGGAUGAUAGCUCUUCUAUUCCUAGUGGCCUUGCACAAUAGCUUAUUGUGAAGACUGCUUUGAGUGCAUAAUACAAACGAUACACGAGAAUGCUUGGAACCCCCCAAUGCUUCUCCUGAAACGAAGCCAGAGCAAUGCGCUGCUGCAUAUUAGUGAUAAUGUUUAUAUUUUGCGCAUUAAUAUUGUUGUUAGACACGAUAGGGGAAAGGAAUAAAUGGCCAAAAGAUAAGAGGAAAGAUAAGUAGACAGUGUAAUGUUAGGUUAAUUCUAGUAGGAAAUUAAAUGUUAAUAUCUGAUAUUUUCACAAUUGUAUGUUUGUACAUGAUUCUUUCUUGGUUGUCAGCCUAGACGAAAUACAAAAACAUGUCACUUAGAGGACACUAGCGUUUUGGAACAUUGAAGCCUGAGAAGCUUUUGGCUUUUCAAACUGUAUCACUUUGUAUCGUAAUUGUGAAAGUAGCUAUGGUAAUUUGCCUUUGGCGCUCUCCUGCUGGUUU